AUGACAGACAAGAAUGAAAUUGGCGUAACAGUUGUCGGUCACGACAGUGAAGUCAGAACUCUGGUUAAUGGCUAUGAAGCACAAGGAAGCUACGUACGUGAUGUCCAUUAUGAAGGGACAGGGCUAACUAGCAAUCCACAAUUGUUUGGCCUUCUGAAUGUGUCUGCACAUUGUGAGCAAUUUAUCAAGUAUGAAUGCUAUCACGCAGCUCUCCUGUAUAAUGGAAAUCCAGAUAGCUGGUGGGUCUCGCGUGACUUCAAGAAAAUGGCCUACUGGGGUGGAGCCAGCCCAGCGGACUCCUACAAGUGCGCAUGCGGGGUGACCAAGCCCAAUUCAUGUGCAGACAGCAGCUUUGGAUGCAACUGUGAUAAAAAUGAUCACGUCUGGCGAGAGGACAGCGGUCUUCUGACUGAAAAGCGUGACCUUCCAGUUUUACAGUUAAGAUUUGGAGAUACAGGAUCUGGUUCUGAGAAAGGUUAUCAUACCCUUGGAAAACUCAAGUGUUACGGUAUAGCUUCUGUACCUUGAAUUUUAGACCAAACAACACAAGUAAACGUAAUAAUAAUAAUAAUAACAAUAACGAACUUUAUUAAAGUGUCUUGUCUUACAGCUCAGACAGGCACAGUGCCUUACUAAUUGAGGAGACUGUAUCAUAUACAUAAGACUUUAGUAAUAUAUUGUAAAUUAUAAUUAUAAUUUAAUAUACGUGUUUGUUGUCAGUUGACUUUGCGCGCAGGUUUGAGAUCCGUCUAGACUCAUCGCCAGAUAUUUCCUAAUACCUAUACACGAGGUUGAGAUCUGUUCUUAUGCGGAGCUUCAGAUGCUUACAGUCUUCUUUACCUAGCAGGUGUUAGCUAAUUUUAAAACAAAAUGUUAGUAAUUUUACUUUCCAUCUAUGAACGUAGAGACUUCAGUUGUCUGAGAAAUGGUCUUGACUGUCAUUAUUACAUUGGAAUUGUAAAUACGUUAGCUGAAGCGUUUCAUUAAUGAUAAUAAUGGCGAUAUUAAUAAGUAAUGGUAUCAGAACUAAGUGGAGUACAAUCCAAGCACUGUCGAGCGAGUAAUUCAAGUGUCAUUGUCUGAGAAAGUGUUCCAGGGGCUAAAAGAUUGGCUGAAACUUGGCACAGAAGUUGGAUGUAAUGAGAUAUUUCAAAAGCCACUUUGGAUCACUUCUCUGACUUUUAGUUUUGGAGUUACAGGGGGGGUCUCAUUUUUUGCACUUUGAGCACCAAAAAUCCAGCCUUCCAGGGGGCAUUUUGAAAGUGCCAUAAGACCCCACUGGUAAAUUGUGCACCGUUCGAAAAUCAUUGUUUGGUAUACAGCGACUAGGGUUUAAAUGACCUUGCAUAGCUCAUCAGCCAGACUAGACGGGAUUCACCAUGUGCAGAUUCACCUGUUCAAGAUUCACCUGAUUACCGUAGUGUUCGUAAUAAAGAGGCUAUUAAGUUUACAUGAAUUUACUCCCUGGGGCCGAGAUUUACUGUCCGUUGUCCGUAUUAGAGAGAGUCCGUAUAAUAGAGGUUUUUUUUUUUAAAGAAAAUAUAGGAGAAUUUUUUCGGGACAUUGGAAACUGUCCGUAAUAUAGAGAGGUGUCGGUACCGUGAAGUUCGACUGUAUCAUUAAUUGCAACUUAUUGUGCAAUUUUCCUUGGUGCGUUUUACAGUAAGCGAAACAGAAGACAAAAGAAUAAAAUGUACAAGCAGAGUGAAAAGACUGAAUGAUAAUAAAUGUAAUAUAAAUAAUAACAAUAAUAAUAAUAAACGUAUUAUUAAUACCCUACUACUCUUCUGCGCUUUACAGUAAGUUUAAAAAACUAAUUAUAAAAAUGAGUAAAAAUUUACAAACAGGUAAAAGAUCUAAAAAAUAAUGAUAAUAAAAUAAAUAUUCAAUGAAAUAAACAAAAUAAUUACUCUACUACGAAUUUUAAUUAUUUACAAAAACUUGUUUAAAAAGAUGAGUUUUAACACUCAGGCAUUUAAAAUUUGAAAGGGAGUCAACGCUGGAUAUGUUACUGGGAAGAAUGUUCCAGAGCUUCGGGGCCGCCCCUAGCAUAGGAACAUCAAGCGUAAUGUUUUGCUGGAUCUAAGGGAAUAUCUGGUCGAUGUUGUCAGGCUGAUCAAUUUUCAGAUAUAAUUAGCGGCCAUGCCGUGAAUAGCUUUUGAAAUAAUAAGGAAAAAAUUAAACUCCCAGCGGUACUUAAUGGGCAGCCAGCGAAGCUGAGAUAAGAAUGGCAUUAUAGGGUUAUAUGGCAAAACUUAAGUUGCUUGAGAAUAAGUCUUGCAACCGCAUUUUGUGUCUGCUAUGUACUAACUUUUUAUAUUAUUUUUUACGCAUAACGUAAUGUCUAGCUUGUUUUAAAUAAUUAUUUUCCUUUCUCUUUUUCUUUCAUUUAGCCGAAUUACCUAAAACAUGCAGUGAAAUAAAACACAACAACGCAAAAGCCCCAAGUGGCAAUUACGUUAUCGAUCCCGAUGGAGUUGGCGGCUACAAGUAUUUUGCUGUUUACUGCGACAUGACAGACAAGAAUGAAAUUGGCGUAACAGUUGUCGGUCACGACAGUGAAGUCAGAACUCUGGUUAAUGGCUAUGAAGCACAAGGAAGCUACGUACGUGUUGUCCAUUAUGAAGGGACAGGGCUAACUAGCAAUCCACAAUUGUUUGGCCUUCUGAAUGUGUCUGCACAUUAUGAGCAAUUUAUCAAGUAUGAAUGCUAUCACGCAGCUCUCCUGUAUAAUGGAAAUCCAGAUAGCUGGUGGGUCUCGCGUGACUUCAAGAAAAUGACCUACUGGGGUGGAGCCAGCCCAGCGGCCUCCUACAAGUGCGCAUGCGGGGUGACCAAGCCCAAUUCAUGUGCAGAUAGCAGCUUUGGAUGCAACUGUGAUAAAAAUGAUCACGUCUGGCGAGAGGACAGCGGUCUUCUGACUGAAAAGCGUGACCUCCCAGUUUUACAGUUAAGAUUUGGAGAUACAGGAUCUGGUUCUGAGAAAGGUUAUCAUACCCUUGGAAAACUCAAGUGUUACGGUAUAGCUUCUGUACCUUGAAUUUUAGACCAAACAACACAAGUAAACGUAAUAAUAAUAAUAAUAAUAAUAACAAUAACGAACUUUAUUAAAGUGUCAUGUCUUAUAGCUCAGACAGGCACAGUGCCUUCCUAAUUGAGGAGACUGUAUCAUAUACAUAAAACUUUAGUAAUAUAUUGUAAAUUAUAAUUGUAAUUUAAUGUACGUGUUUGUUGUCAGUUGACUUUGCGCGCAGGUUUGAGAUCCGUCUAGACUCAUCGCCAGAUAUUUCCUAAUACCUAUACACGAGGUUGAGAUCUGUUCUUAUGCGGAGCUUCAGAUGCUCACAGUCUUCUUUACCUAGCAGAAUUUAGCUAAUUUUAAAACAAAAUGUUAGUAAUUUUACUUUCCAUCUAUGAACGUAGAGACUUCAGUUGUCUGAGAAAUGGUCUUGACUGUCAUUAUUACAUUGGAAUUAUAAAUACGUUAGCUGAAGCGUUUCAUUAAUGAUAAUAAUGGCGAUAUUAAUAAGUAAUGGUAUCAGAACUAAGUGGAGUACAAUCCAAGCACUAUCGAGCGAGUAAUUCAAGUGUCAUUGUCUGAGAAAGUGUUCCAGGGGCUAAAAGAUUGGCUGAAACUUGGCACAGAAGUUGGAUGUAAUGAGAUAUUUCAAAAGCCACUUUGGAUCACUUCUCUGACUUUUAGUUUUGGAGUUACAGGGGGGGUCUCAUUUUUUGCACUUUGAGCACCAAAAAUCCAGCCUUCCAGGGGGCAUUUUGAAAGUGCCAUAAGACCCCACUGGUAAAUUGUGCACCGUUCGAAAAUCAUUGUUUGGUAUACAGCGACUAGGGUUUAAAUGACCUUGCAUAGCUCAUCAGCCAGACUAGACGGGAUUCACCAUGUGCAGAUUCACCUGUUCAAGAUUCACCUGAUUACCGUAGUGUUCGUAAUAAAGAGGCUAUUAAGUUUAUAUGAAUUUACUCCCUGGGGCCGAGAUUUACUGUCCGUUGUCCGUAUUAGAGAGAGUCCGUAUUACAGAGGUUUUUUUUUAAAAGAAAAUAUAGGAGAAUUUUUUCGGGACAUUGGAAACUGUCCGUAAUAUAGAGAGGUGUCGGUACCGAGAAGUUAGGCUGUAUAAUUAAUUGCAACUUAUUGUCCAAUUUUCCUUAGUGCGUUUUACAGUAAGCCAAACAGAAGACAAAAGAAUAAAAUGUACAAGCAGAGUGAAAAGACUGAAUGAUAAUAAAUGUAAUAUAAACAAUAACAAUAAUAAUAAUAAUAAUAAUAAACGUAUUAUUAAUACCCUACUACUCUUCUGCGCUUUACAGUAAGUUUAAAAGACUAAUUAUAAAAAUGAAUAAAAAUUUACAAACAGGUAAAAGAUCUAAAAAAUAAUGAUAAUAAAAUAAAUAUUCAAUGAAAUAAACAAAAUAAUUACUCUACUACGAAUUUUAAUUAUUUACAAAAACUUGUUUAAAAAGAUAAGUUUUAACACUCAGGCAUUUAAAAUUUGAAAGGGAGUCAACGCUGGAUAUGUUACUGGGAAGAAUGUUCCAGAGCUUCGGGGCCGCCCCUAGCAUAGGAACAUCAAGCGUAAUGUUUUGCUGGAUCUAAGGGAAUAUCUGGUCGAUGUUGUCAGGCUGAUCAAUUUUCAGAUAUAAUUAGCGGCCAUGCCGUGAAUAGCUUUUGAAAUAAUAAGGAAAAAAUUAAACUCCAAGCGGUACUUAAUGGGCAGCCAGCGAAGCUGAGAUAAGAAUGGCAUUAUAGGGUUAUAUGGCAAAACUUAAGUUGCUUGAGAAUAAGUCUUGCAACUGCAUUUUGUGUCUGCUAUGUACUAACUUUUUAUAUUAUUUUUUACGCAUAACGUAAUGUCUAGCUUGUUUUAAAUAAUUAUUUUCCUUUCUCUUUUUCUUUCAUUUAGCCGAAUUACCUAAAACAUGCAGUGAAAUAUAA